AUGGGGGACGCGGCCUCGCUCAGUGACAACAAGCCCACGCUCGAGGCCGCUGAGGCGGACUUUGACAGGUCUCCCGCAGAAGAAAUCUUCCGACGCAAACUUGAUCCAUUGGAAGAAAAAGUCGCGAAGCUGAGGACCAGGCGAACAGACGUGGGCAGCGAAUGUGACCAGCUCAGCCGCUUCAUCGCUAAGAAGCUAUGUCGUACCUUCGCCGACAAGUUUUACGUCACCCUACCGUGCGAGCUCCGCGAGAUGGUCUACGACUACGUCUGGGAUUGGACCAUGCUCUGCCUCACCUUCGACGACGUGACUCUGUACGGAAACAGUUCGGACAAUUCACUUGAGUCUCCUCCAUCCUCACAGGACAGCCAUCAGCAACGGAAGGGGACCAAAGUCGUGCCUUGA